AUGUCCAAGCGAACCAUUGUGGAGCUUGACCUGGGGCUGCAAGAAAAGCUACCACAAGCAACGCAUCACCAUUCAGAGAUCCAAGAGCUUCUCGGCUGCAUCCUCUCAAAACCCCGCAAUAUCUCCUGGCAAGAAUUCUCACAGAGAUCUGCUUAUGAAAAGGGGCCUUAUGAUGUACACGCUCAGGUAGAUACUUUCGAAUGA